UGAAAAAUAAUCAACAACCAGUGAAGUGUGGUACUUCAACGAUAAGAUCUCUGUUCAUGUGUUUUUCACUGAGGAUGGGCGAAUGGAGAGAGCAAGCUUUCUUGAGACAUGGAGGUCCCUUCCUGAUUCCAACGAGGUGUUGAAGGACCUUCCAGGGAUUGUAGUGAGCAAUGUUGAAGCAACCCUAGAUCGGCUGGCUGCAUCGAACAUGUUCUUCAUAGCAAAGCGCAAGCAUGCAAACCAGGAUGCGUUCUACUUCUCUGCAAAGAUCCCUCGUGGUAUAACCUUCUUGAUAGAACUAACCACAGUUGUCAGAAUUCCUGGCCCCAAGUGUGCGAUCAAGACUCCAAAUCACGUGGAGUGCGAAAUGGGAAAUCACAUCACAUUCUAUAUCACACUGCACAUCAGUACCAUUUUCAAUGACACUCUUUAA